AUGAGGUUCGAGACUGUCCUUUGCCGGCGCUUCAAGCUCGUCCUCGGGAGCGUCUGGAUAUCCGGGAGUUUCGGCUUCGUCGGGUGCUUCCUCAACGGGAUCCUCGCCCGCCGAGCAGCUCCAGCUACUCCUGCUACUGACACCACCACCAACACUAUCACUGCGUUGCCCACCACAACCACCGUUGCCACGCCUGCUGGUUUCACGCCUAUCAAGUCUGCCCUCCCCAACGUUGUGGCCCGCACUAUCAACCGUGUUCUUGCCGGCCGCACCAUUACCCCUGGCUGUAAUGUUGCUACUCCGGUCUUGAACGCUGGAGAUGUCCAGACCUAUGCUUCCGUCGUCGCCUAUGGCACUACCACUCAUACCACCUCCACCACCCUCACCGUUGGUCCUACCCCCACCGCCUACGCCCAGUGUGCCAGCAACAACAUUGCCUCUACCCUCAACCGCCAGAGCAUCAACUACCUAUACGGCGCCCUCGUCGACCAGGGCACCAUGUCUUCUGCCACCGACUGCUGUGUUCUCUGCGCCACUACUUCUCACUGCGGUGGUUUCGGCUACAGCAGCACCGGCAAGUGCUACAUCGCCAAGGACUACCGCGUCUGCAAGGGCAGCAACCGCGUCGCGACCUUCGGCCGCAUUCCUCUGGUCAGCACCAACAUGGUUGUUGGCAACGGUGCCUGUGGCCAGGUUCGCAACUAAGGAAGAGCGCCUCUAUACUCUCUAUAGCAGAGUCUUCGCGCCUCCCCUAAUAUCUCGGCGGUCUGCUCUUUGGAACUCGCCGUUUCGGCUGGAGAGACAAUAGGUUGGGCUGGCUGCCGGUUAAUAUGAGCUAAUGACGAUAC